AUGAGCGACCACGGAAAAGCUCCAGUCAACGGUGCGAGCAGCCGCAUCCCUGACGACCCAAUCAUUAAGGUCCAGCCGCCCCGUCGUGAGGACCUCCAGCCCUCAUACUCGCGCAUCAUCAAGCCCGACGAGAACGAUGACGAACAGCAUGGCUGGUAUGGUUCCAUGAUCAAUACUCUGGGUUCCUGCAUUGGCACUCUUGGAGCUAUUCCUUGUUGCAUUGUGUGCCCGAACCCCUACAAGCCCGUCAAUCAGGGCAAUGUUGGCCUGGUCACCAAAUUCGGACGUUUCUCGCGCGCAGUGGAUCCUGGACUUGUCAAGGUCAAUCCUCUGUCUGAGAGCCUAAUUCAGGUCGAUGUCAAGAUCCAGAUCGUCGAGGUACCCAAGCAAGUCUGCAUGACCAAGGACAAUGUUUCUCUGCAUCUCACCUCCGUCAUUUACUACCGCAUCGUCUCACCCCACCGAGCCGCCUUCGGUAUUAGCAACAUCCGCCAGGCACUCAUCGAACGCACACAAACCACCCUUCGUCAUGUUAUUGGUGCGCGUGUCCUCCAAGACGUGAUCGAGCGCCGUGAGGAAAUCGCCCAAUCCAUCCGAGAGAUCAUCGAAGAUAUCGCCCUGGGCUGGGGUGUCGAGGUCGAGUCCAUGCUCAUCAAAGAUAUCAUCUUCAGCCAGGAGCUCCAAGACUCCCUCUCCAUGGCAGCGCAGUCUAAGCGGACUGGUGAGGCCAAAGUCAUCGCGGCCCGCGCCGAGGUCGAGAGCGCCAAGUUGAUGCGCCAGGCCGCCGACAUCUUGUCUUCUGCUCCUGCCAUGCAGAUCCGCUAUCUCGAAGCUAUGCAGUCCAUGGCGAAGUCAGCCAACUCCAAGGUCAUCUUCUUACCCGCCCAGAACCAGACUGUGCAAUCUCAGCUCGCCGCCGCUGAAGCCCAUGGCGAGGGACCCAGCAAGUAUGGUGCACAGAGCGCCGAGCAUGAGUAUGGUCAUGGAAACCAGGGGUUCCAGAGCGCUAUCAAUGCGCACGUCAUUGAGAACAUGUAA